GCUUUGGAUGCUUUUCAUUACUAAUCAUCUACGCAACAUGUUGUGAAAAAAAAAAAAUUGGAGUUUGAGGAAAAAAAAGGUUUUUGGUUGGUUUCCCUCUCUUUUCAUUCAUGGUUUAAGCAUCCAUUAGUUGUGUAAGAAUUUGUCAAUGAUAAAAUUACGCAAAAUUAUAUUACAAUCUUUUACAACUUAGAAAUUGAAUACUGAAAAGAACUUGCUUUCACAAAUUUUAGAACUCAAAAUUGAAAAGCAUAUUAUGAUUCAGUUGUGGUUUAGAAUUAUUAUGAAAGAAGCAAACUCUAUAUUUUGUAAGCUUCCUUAAUUACAAGGACAUAGACAACGUUAUGGCUCAUUCCUUAAAAAUGAAGGCAGAAAUGAUUCCUAGAAAUAUCGCCUAAGUACCACAAUCGAGCAACAAUUGAUUUGAGUUAUGGCUUUCAACGAAGAGAAAAGAAUCCCUUUGAAAUAUUGGGUGAACGAUGAAACAAAACGUGUAAGUGUGGCGGAAGCAAGUGGGGAGUUGGUAGAUGUUCUCUUCAGUUUCCUUACCCUUCCUUUGGGAACUAUCAUCCGACUUUGCAACAGCUCUCAACAACAAGAAAGGCGUGAGAACACCUCUGAACAACAAGAAGGACAUGAGAACACCUCUGAACAACAAGCUGUGCCUGAACAACAAGUAGGGCUUGGUUGCAUCAAUGAGUUGUACAAGAGUGUUAAUCAUUUGCAGCCUGAUGUUUUCAGAAACAAGAUCUGCCAGAAAAUGUUGCAUUUUCCGCGCAACCCCUUAGAGAGCUCUUGCCAGAGACUUAAAGUGAAAGUGGAUGAUACAGAACCCACAAAGUAUUUCAUGUGUCAUAACUGUUCAAGAAAAGGAAGUAAAUUGUUGGUGAGUUCUUUUAUUGAUGUAAAGUGCAACUGCGGGUCAUUGAUGAGGAAAGAAAUAGCACUACUGGACGAGGCUGCCGGUGAUGAUGGCGUUUUUGUUAAAGAAAAGGCCAUGUUCUUCAUCUAUGAUAACUUGACAGUGCGCCAAAGCUCUCCAAGUGAAUUCAUUCAAGCUAAACAGAAAAAACUCCAAAAGUAUAAAGAAGUACUUCUUGACAGUGAAAAGAUACUUAACAUACUGAAGCAAGCAUUAACUCCAAAACCCCUCUUACUGAUGUCUUAUUGGGAAACACAGAAUCCAAGCGAUCGGUCUCUUUCUCACGAGUUAUUGGCUCAAGUAAUUCCAAAGAUUAUUUAGAAAUCAAGAUAAUGGUAAGUAAAUCAGAAAACAAGAUUCGAUUUGUUGAAGCAGAUGGAGACUUUGUCGAUUUUCUAGUCAGCUUCCUCACAACACCACUUGGAUCUAUUCUGAACCUUAAGAAUAAGAAACUGUCCUGUGGCCUCACACCACUUUUUGCAUCUAUUCUGAAGCUUAGGAAUGGCAGAUUGUCCUUAGGAUGCAUUCGUAACUUGUACAAAAGCGUGAAGAAUCUGGAUCCAUCGUGGUUCGUGGAGUCAUCGAACAAAUCCUUGCUGAAUCCAAAGGUGGCUCCUCAUUUUGGUUGUGAGAAAAAUCCACUAUUAAAUCAAAGUCAAGAUGACACUGCCAAAUAUUGGUAUGGCCUUGGAGAAAUGAAAAAUGGGAAGGGUCGUUAUGAAAUGAGAGUGAUUUCAAAGAAACGCGAUAUGCUACAAGACUCAAAAGAUAUCAAAAUGUUGGACCCAAGAUCUUCAGAUAGAAAGAACAAAGAUGGUGUGGGAUUUAUGAAGAGGCCUUGUCUAUUUGUUGUGUGGGAUAAUCUGAAAUUGUCACCAUUGACAACUACCGGUCUUCCAAUUUCAUUUAGUGAUUCGGAUACUGUCCUGUAUCCUGAUUUGGAGGAGCAUCGGCUGAAAAUAAGGAAGUCAGAGGCACUAAACCUGCUGAGGGCUUCUUUGACAUCCUACAAAGGUGCUUUUACUCGGAGCCUAUCCUUCUUAUUGUGGAAGUGGAGACUCCAAAGACUCAUUCCAUUAUGGGAUUUAUGGAGAAUUAAGAGAAACGAAAAGCUAGAGAAAAGAAAAAGACGAAAAAAUGAGAAAGAAAUUAAGUUAAAGGACAAGAAAGAGAAAAAGAAACAAGAAAAAAGUGCGGUAGAAACUAAAAAAGAGAAGGAAGAGAUUAACAGUAAUUCAGUGCAGAAGACAAAGGAAGAAGUAAAACCUUAAACUGAUAAAGGUGGCGUAGAACAAUCCUGCAAUAUAUAUUUUGAUGUAUGAAAUAGUUGUGUUUAAGUGGAUUUGACGAUCAUUUAACAUUUAAUUUUUCUUGUUUUAUGAAAGUCCUUAGAAUGAUGUUCAAUAAUUCUAACAGUAUAAUUUUAGGUUCUGAUAUUAGUAUAACUACAAAUCUAUGAUGUGACAUACUCAAUGUCAAUUGCCAAGGACAGGGUAAUGGGUAUGAUAUAUUAAUGUUAGUGGCUACUAUGUUCAUAAUAAUAGGUGUAAUUGUUGCAUAGUUGA